AUGUCUCAAAAAAAUGUUUACAAGUGGUACAAAUUGUUCAAAGAAGGCAGAGAACGCGUUGAAGACGAAGAACGUUCUGGACGACCAUCAACAUCAACUGAUGAGAAACACGUCACGGAAAUCAAAGAUCUUGUGCUCCAAAAUCGUCGAUUAACAUCUAGAGACCUUGCCGAUAUUGUUGGCAUUUCAAAAGGAUCAGUAAGCACCAUUUUGAAAGACCAUUUGGGCCUCAGACGUGUCAAGUCUCGAUUGGUACCAAAACCAUUGAAUUUGUUCGAAAAAGAGCGUCGCAUCAACGUCUGUAAAUAGAUGGUUUCCGACUAUGA